ACAAACUGAAACAUCGUCGAAUGAAUUUAGGUGGGACAAUUUCGGCCUGCAGGUGGUGAUGCCAAUCAAAUUGUUGAAAUAUGCUGCUCAAUACAGACAAAAAACGUAUUUUAUUUUAUGCCUUGUGUGCUCUAAAUAGUCUGUACACAGGUAAUGCCUUUACCAUAAUUCAGAGGCCACAAGCAAACACAACUGUUAUCUAUAAAUGGAAACAAAAGAAGUGAUCAAUAGACAUGUUACCUUGAAGGAUUAUAUAGUUGGUGAACCUAAAGAGAGUGAUUUUGUGUUGAAGAGUUGUACAUUCUCCUUAAAACUAGAAGAAGGAUCUCAAGAUGUACUUGUAAAGCAUUUGUAUUUUUCUAUUGAUCCAUACCAACGGGCUCGCAUGAAAUACUACAGCAGUUCACAUAAAGCUCCUUUUGCAUCUGUGCUCAACCCUGGUUCGGUCAUUGAUACUUAUGGUGUGGCCAAAGUAAUCAUCUCAAAUCAUCCAGAUUUCAAAGAAGGUGACUUGGUAGUUGGUAUGAUUGGAAUACAAGACUAUAGUAUUAUCACACCUGCAACAGGUCUCCUAACAAAGAUCAAGUACACAGACAUACCACUAUCGAACUAUGUUGGUGUUUUAGGCUUGACUGGGUUUACGGCUUAUGCUGGACUGCACAAUGUAUGCUCCCCUCAAAAAGGGGAGCAAGUUUUCAUCUCUGCAGCCUGUGGAUCUGUUGGCCAUCUAGCUGGACAAUUUGCAAAGCUGCAAGGAUGCCAUGUUGUGGGCAGUUGUGGAAGCAAGCAAAAGGUUGAAUUGCUAAAAAAUAGGCUUGGUUUUGAUGAUGCUUUCAAUUACAAGGAAGAACCUGAUUUGAAUGCUGCUCUUAAGAGGUGUUUUCCAAGAGGAAUAGAUAUAUACUUUGAGAAUGUUGGUGGAGACAUGCUUGAAGCUGUACUAGAAAAUAUGAAUGUCCAUGGCCGAAUUGCUGUCUGUGGGGCCAUUUCACAAUAUAACAGAGACAAGCCAGAAGGUGUAACAGACCCCAUGAAGUUGGUCUACCAACGUAUCAAAAUGCAGGGGUUCCUUGCAGCAGAUUACUUGAAUUCAUUUCCUGAAUUUAUUGAGAAAACAAGAGGUUAUCUUAUUGACGGCAGAAUAGAAUCUCUUGAAGACAUUUCUGAUGGUCUGGAAAGUGUACCUUCCGCUUUUGUUGGCUUAUUCCAAGGCCACAAUGUUGGCAAGAAAAUUGUUCGCCUCCAUGCAUAGUUUUGAAUUUGUUCUGAAAACAGUGAUCUUACCUAAUUAUUGAUAAGCAUGUAAGGCAAAGAAAGUUAUGAUUUUUAACAUGUUUCAACAAUCCUCUGCAAUCGGAUUCAUUAUUAGUUCAAAUAUAAUCGGUAUUGUUGCAAUUA